GAUUCGUUAUCAAAGCGCUUUGGUUCGCACGGCCGGUAGCUAGGUGCUCCACAAAGCUCAGGAGCUACCAGCGAAACCUGCUAGGGGCUUGCUCGUGAAAAGGGAACCUGCGCGCGAUGGCGAGGAGCACACGUUCCGCGGUGCUCUUCUUGGUGCUCGGCGUGGCUGCUCGAGCGGUUUUUGCCGUCACCGAUGGAAUUCUACCGAACGGACACUUUGAGCAAGGACCAGACAAGUCGCAGAUGAACGGCACGAGAGUGAUGGAUCCCGACGCCAUACCCUACUGGAAGAUUUAUGGGUUCGUGGAGUACAUCGGGUCCGGCCAGCAGCAGGACGACAUGAUCCUGCCCGUGCCGGAAGGUGAGCAGGCCGUGCGGCUGGGCAACGAUGCAACCAUCCGGCAGCAGCUGGACGUGACCCGACACACCUACUACUCCAUCACCUUCGGCGCGGCGCGCACCUGCGCCCAGGCAGAGAAGCUGAACGUGUCGGUCACCCCGGAGUCCGGCGUUCUCCCCAUCCAAACCGUGUACACCAGCAGCGGCUGGGACUCCUACUCCUGGGCCUUCAAGGCCAAGCACAGCACCGUGUGGCUCUCCAUCCACAACCCCGGCCACGAGGACGACCCGGCGUGCGGCCCCCUCAUCGACGCCAUCGCCAUCAAGGCCAUCCGCCGUCCCCAUCACGUCAAGACAGACAACAUGUUGAGGAACGGAGACUUCGAGGACGGGCCCUACAUCUUCCCGAACACGCCCUGGGGCGUGCUGGUCCCGCCGAUCAUGGAGGACGACCACUCGCCGCUGCCGGGGUGGAUGAUCAUGUCGGACACCAAGGUCGUCAAGUACGUGGACGCGGCGCACCACAAGGUGCCGCACGGCUCCUACGCCGUGGAGCUGGUCGCCGGCAGGGAGUGCGCGCUGGUGCAGGAGGUGCGCACCGUGCCCGGGCGGCCGUACAGGCUCUCCUUCUCCGUCGGGGACGCCGCCAACGGGUGCGGCGGGUACCUGGCCGUGGUCGCGUACGCGUCGCGGGCGACGCUGAACGUGCCGUACGAAUCCCACGGCGCCGGUGGGUCCAAGCGCGCCGAGCUCGAGUUCGUGGCGGACCACAACCUGACGCGCGUGGUGUUCCAGAGCGCCAACCACUACAUGAAGCCGGACGCGACGCUCUGCGGCCCCAUCGUCGACGACGUCUCCCUCGUCCCCGUGCACGCCCACGCGCCAACUGCCCGCCGGCUGCGUAUGUAGAGCACAUCUUGAUAGGUGCGUGUUGUAUGUGGCCAUUUCUGCGAGCUCCAAAAUCGCCUGGGAUAUGGCGUAUCUGCAGUGUCAUAAUAAUGUGAUUUGAGAUAAGAUGUAACACUAACGUGUGCGCUGACAGCUGAGCCC